CCGGGGUUACAAGAUUCUCAAGGACAGAAUGUUCCAACUGGGUGGAUUCAUCGCAGCCUGUGUUUUGAUAUAAUUUAUGAAGAAUAAUAAUAUGGCUUUGGCCAUUCCCAAGAAAUUGGAAACUAUUGCCAGUCAACAAUUGCAGAAUUGUGAAGAAGACUAUCAAUAUCCUAGAAAUGCAAAUUUAAAUGUAACUCCAAAAACAGUCGUCUCUCCUGAAAGUCCUGAUUAUUCAUUAUACUGUGGUAUUCGUCGUUGGCGUCCCUCUUGCUUGCGUAGUACUGGAAAUAUACAAGCUUUCCUCGCUGCUGCUUGCAUCAUAUCUUGUUUACAGGCUGCUUUUUCCGGCUAUACAAGUUCUCAAGUGACCACCCUUGAAAAACGUUUUGCGAUUGGAAGUAGUAUUAUAGGAGUUAUCAAUUCGUUUUUUGAAGUUGGAUAUAUUUUCUCUGUUAUAUAUGUCAGCUAUGUUGGAAGUCACGGUCGAGUUCCUCUUUGGAUAUCAAUUGGUCUUUUUGCUAUGUCUAGUGGAGCAUUUUUGUGGUCCCUACCGCAUUUCAUCUUCUUUGAUAAAAAUAGAUCAAGCUCUGUUGCACUAAGUGAACAACUCUGUGUUUUACCUACCAAUUCAAGUACUUGUACUCAAGAUUGUAAUGACAAGUUAAAUGGGUGUUCAGAAUCCUCAUCGAUGGGUUAUGCCUUUCUCCCUAUCUUUAUUACUGCUCAACUGCUAAUCGGUGCUGGUUCAAGUCCAAUUUUGACACUGACUCCGCCUUUCAUCGAUGACCAUGUGCCCUCUUCCAAAGCACCUCCUAUGAUUGCUUCACAGUAUGCAGCAGCAGCAAUGGGCCCUGUCGUAGGAUAUGCAUUAGGAGCCUUUUUGUUACAGUAUCCAGCCGAUAUUUUAAGUUCUGACGCAUCUUUCACAACUGGUCCUCACGAUCCCAACUGGAUCGGUGCAUGGUGGGCAGGAUUUAUUUUAUUGGGUAUUCUUGUUUUCAUCGGUGCUGUUAUUCUAUUAAUGUUUCCACGUAAAUUACAAGAAUUAUCGUGUUGUACAAAUCAGUUGAAAUCGAAUAAAUUAUCAACUAUUGAUGCCACAUUAGAUAAUGGAUGUAUAGUGAAUGAAACAAGUGACAUGAACCACUUGCAUAUUACUGCUCCUAUGAGGCAUCAGAAUAAUCAUGCAAGUACUGCAUUGGACAUUGAACCGAGUAAUGAUGAUAGUUCUGAGUAUCAAAGUCCUUGGUCUGAUUUUUCUUCUUCCCGGCGAAGUCAACGUAAAAGUCAUAAUUGUAAUCCUCAUUUUCGAUGUAGAGCUUUCAAUUCAAAUCGUUCUUGGAUUGAUUUCACUGGUGUACUUGGUUCACUUCUUCGAAAUCGAAUUUACAUUAUGGUCUGUCUAUGCAUUAGUUCAGAGAUGUUUAUUGUUAUCGGAUUUGCAUCAUUUCUACCGAAAUAUUUAGAAAUGGAAUUUCGUAUUAAUAAAUCAACAAGUAGUCUUAUAGCUGGCGGUCUUAUUGUGCCCUGUGGUGCAUUCGGCAUAUUAGUCGGUGGCCUUAUACUUAACAGAUUUCAGUUUCGUCGUAUCGGCGCUAUCCGGUUCGUCCUUGUUGUAAAUUUAAUUAUAUUGGCUUGUAUAUGCUCAUUUUUCAUUUUGGGUUGUAAAAAUCCUUCCAUCGCUGGACUUACAGUACCUUAUCCGGAGAAUCCAUCGUUUGCAUAUGAAAUGUCAUCAAGAUGUAAUGCUGGUUGUUCGUGUGAUAAAAAUGAAUGGUCUCCAGUGUGUCAUACACCUUCGGAUAUCACAUAUAUAUCACCUUGUUAUGCUGGUUGUACACAACGAUUUCUAUCGAACAAUUCUCAACAAGAGUUUCACAAUUGUUCUUGUACAUUACAAUCCAGUAAUCGUAAUAAUAUUUCAUACACCACCACCAGUAAUAUCUGGGGUAUUACAAAACUUGGUGAAUGUGAUCUACAGUGUAAUCGUCUUAUACCAUUUGUUAUUGUAUUAACUUGGUUAUUAUUUUUAACUGGUGUUAUACAAAAUCCUUUAUUAAUGGUUACAAUGCGUUCAGUUGGACAUAAUGAACGUUCAUUUGCUUUAGGCUUGAAAUUUGUCAUUGUACGCUUUUUAGCUAAUUUACCAUCUCCAAUAGUAUUUGGUCGUGUAAUUGAUGGUGCAUGUCGUUUUUGGCGAAGUGAAUGUGGUCGUCAAGGGGAUUGUGCAUUUGUUGAUGUACGAUAUUUAAAUUUAUAUAUGACAGGUCUUGGAAUAAUUGUCAAGGGAUCUGGUCUUCUACUUUACUUUAUCUUAUUAUACUUUCUACAUCGUGAUAAACUGAAAAAUAAUCGUGAUGACAUGACAAAUGAACCAAAACCUUUAAAAAGUGAAACACAACCAGCAAAACAAUUACAUGUUAUUCCCAUAGAUAGAUAAUAACCAAUCAAUCAAUCAGUCAAUCAAUCAAUCAAUCAAAUCAUGGUUGAAUAUGUGUACAUUUUUUAUUUAUUUCACCUUUCAUACUACGAAGAGUUCUCCUUAGUGUCUAUCUUUCGUUUUUUUAUAUAUAUUAAAAAUAACAAACAAACGAAGAAUACCCUUAUUCAUCUUGAAAGACAGACGGGUUUGCAUUUUGUGUGUGUGUGUGUGAAUGUGUAUUUCACUCUUCAUUUAUUGGCUCACAGAUUGUAUGUAUGUGAUACUGUGAGUGUGUGCGUGCGUGUAAAAAUUGUAUUUAUGCAAUCUCUCCCCCCCCCUCUGUCUCUUUUCUUCUUCUGUUAACUGCUGCUGAUGCCCUCCCCCUUGCUACGAUCUGUUAAAUAUUCACAACACCUUUGCUCUAUUAUCUAUCCUAUUGAGUAAGGAUGUAUACUGACAUCGAAGAAUAACAACAACAAUGCCACUUUCGCCGCUGUUGCUACUACCAAAAACAGCAGCAACAGUGGUGCACUUCCAAUAUGUUAUGACAAUUUUUCUAUUUUAUCAUUUUCUCCUGAUAAAAAUUAAGGAAGUAGGGGGGGGGCAAACAACUCUCCUCCUUACAUUGAUGAUAUAUUUAUCAUUAUUAUUUUUCAGUUUCUUGAAGACACCAGAAAACCUUUCUGCCUUAUUACAUAUACCUACACCCAGCGACCGACACACACACUAACUACAUGUAUUACUUUCAUAUUCACAUCGACAAUGUAAAACAUUCAUUAUUCCCUGUAUCGGUCUUUUAUGUUAACUAAUUUUCUCUCCGUAUCCAACUGCUCAUGUAUUACUUUUGGUUUUUGAGAAAAAAAAUGAAGAAGGUUGGAAUGACUAAGCCAAAAUGAGAUCAAGUUGUACUGCACAAUCAUCAUUUAUUUGGUGGCUAAUAGUAUAUCAUUAUUAUACAUAUAUAUGAAAUUAUACUCUAUUUUGAGUCAGAUUUAUUAGAAAUUAACUUAUACAAAAGAGGUUGCCUGUCUGUCUUUACACUUAUUUUUGUUUAUUUAUCUACUAUUUUUGUGUUUUUGCUUCCUGGCUUGCUUGCUUGCAUGCAUGCUUGCUUGUUUAACGACGAUAACACCGUUGUGUUCAUUUCUUCCCGCCUCACUUGUUUGUUGCUUAUUUUUCUGACUUUACGUCUUCAUUUGAUGAUUGUGUUCAACUCAUUAAAAGUUGAUUGAUGAAUAAUGUGGGGGUGGGGGACAUCCCCCCUGUUUCUUUUCUUUUGUGUUUUGUUUCGUUUUAUUUCUUUUUCUAUUGAACUCUUUUCAUUUGUCUUUUUGUUCACUGAGAUAACAAAGAAAAGAACUCUCUCCCUCUAUUUAUUUGUCUCCUUCUGCCUUUUUUCCCCUUCUUCUUCAGUUGAUCCUGUGUAUAUUUCCAGACUAUUUGCUUCUUUAUUUCUGUCCUCUCUCUUUGUGUAUAAUACGCUUACACAAAUCUAUAAUGUGUGUGUGUGCGUGUUUGAGAGUGUACGUGCUUCUGUGCAUGUUCCUGUGUACAUAUAUAUAUGUGUGUGUAUACAAAUGUGAAUUUUUAUUUUCAUUAUUAUAACCUGAUGCAAAGAGAGAAUAAAAAUAUAUAUAUAGAGAGAGAAAGUGUUAUCAAA